GGUAAGGAAAAAAACAGCCCUAAAACAACCACCAACAAAACCAACACAUCAAACUACAAACCUCGACAAAGACACUGAACGCCGCAACCAUGGAAUCCGAGUUCCCCAACAAAGCAUUAACCUCAACUCGUUUCUCCGACUUAAAACCACCACUCUCCGAGCCCGUUCUUCAAGCUCUCACAGACUCAAACUUUGAUUUCUGCACCCCUGUUCAAGCCGCCACUAUUCCCUUACUCUGCAGCUACAAAGACGUCGCAGUCGAUGCCGCCACAGGUUCCGGUAAAACCCUAGCUUUCGUCAUUCCACUUGUCGAAAUUCUUCGCCGCAACGCUUCCAAUCCCAAACCUCACCAGGUGCUUGGAGUGAUUAUAUCUCCUACUAGGGAAUUAGCGUCGCAAAUAUAUCAUGUUGCACAGCCUUUUAUUUCGACUUUAGCUAAUGUUAAAUCAAUGCUACUUGUUGGUGGAGUGGAAGUGAAAGCAGAUAUAAAGAAAAUUGAGGAAGAAGGGGCAAAUGUAUUGAUUGGCACGCCGGGGCGAUUACAUGAUAUUAUGAAUAGGAUGGAUAUUUUGGAUUUCAAAAGCUUUGAGAUUUUGAUUUUGGAUGAGGCUGAUAGACUAUUAGAUAUGGGAUUCCAGAAGCAGAUAAAUGCUAUCAUAACUGAGUUGCCUAAACUUCGAAGAACUGGCUUAUUCUCUGCUACUCAAACUCAGGCUGUGGAAGAGCUUGCCAAAGCAGGAUUGAGGAAUCCUGUGAGGGUUGAAGUUCGAGCUGAAACAAAAACAGCGAAUGAUUCUGCUUCAUCAAAGAAAAUAGAGUCUUCGAAGACACCUUCAGGUCUUCAAAUUGAGUACUUGGAAUGUGAGGCAGAUAAGAAACCGUCACAGCUGGUAGAUUUCCUUGUUAAGAACCGCUCAAAAAAAAUUAUAAUAUAUUUCAUGACUUGUGCUUGUGUUGACUAUUGGGGACUGGUUCUUCCUCGCCUAUCUGUUUUGAAAGGCUUCUCGUUGAUCUCCCUUCAUGGAAAGAUGAAGCAGUCUGUCAGGGAGAAGGCGCUAACUUCAUUUACAUCCCUUUCAAACGGAAUUCUUUUGUGUACGGAUGUUGCAGCACGUGGACUUGACAUACCUGGUGUAGACUGUAUAGUGCAGUAUGAUCCUCCUCAAGACCCAAAUGUGUUCGUACAUAGGGUUGGUCGAACUGCUCGGCUGGGUAAACAAGGCCAUGCUGUUGUCUUCUUAUUACCAAAGGAGGAAUCAUAUGUAGAAUUCUUGCGUAUAAGAAGAGUUCCUCUUCAAGAGAGAAUGUGCUCCGAUAAUGCACCUGAUGUUAUACCCGAGAUUCGUUCUGCGGCAACAAAAGAUCGUGAUGUCAUGGAGAAGGGAGUCAGGGCAUUUGUUUCUUACAUUCGUGCUUAUAAAGAGCAUCAUUGCUCUUAUAUUUUCAGGUGGAAAGAACUUGAAAUUGGCAAAUUAGCCACAGGACAUGGCUUAUUGCAACUUCCUUUAGUGCCAGAGAUAAAACGCCACUCACUAUCCACCGUGGGAUUUGAACCAGUUAAAGAUAUCAAUUUCGAGGAGAUUAGGUUCAGGGAUAAAUCAAGGGAGAAACAAAGGAAGAAAAACCUGCAAGUAAAGAAAGAAGCCAAAGAGAAAGAGCCAAAACCUAAAAAACCAAAGAAAACUCCUGAAGUACCUACGGCCAUGAGAAAGCAAACAGCCAAACAGAGACGUGCUAAGCAGACAGUUGAAGAUGAAGAAGAGUUGACGCAAGAAUACCGCUUGUUAAAGAAAUUGAAGAAAGGGACCAUAGAUGAGGAUGAAUAUGCCAAGUUGACAGGCACAGAGGAUUUACUUUGAAAUCUAAGUUUCCAUGUCUGAUUACGCUGCUAUGGAUAUCGUUGUUGUUGUUGUAAUGGUGGAUUGCUGGUUGAAUGUUCUUAAGAUAACCAGUGGACUAGUAUAUUACAGCAUCCUCACAUGCUUCUAUUCGCAUCCUCUAAAAGAUCUGACAUGUAUACAUCUCUCACUGGUAAUGGAACUUCCAGAGUUCAGAGGGCCGACAUCCUUUUUGUUGCCGAUAGAGAGACCUUAUCAGGUGAAUGACAUUUACUGAUUAAUGUACAUAAAAAGUGGCGACAGUGCAGAGAUUUGAAAAGGUACUAGUCCUUGGAUCAGAGAAAGAUAGCCUUUUAUGUUAUCAACAUCAAGAUUAAUUUUAUCCCAAAUUUUGUUUGCUCCCACUAUCUAUAGUCUUUUUAAUGUUCUUUUCUUGCCUUACAUUAUUCAUGAUCUUUUGUUUAGUCUGAUAGAAUGCAGGAAUAGAAACUAGAAGCCGAAUUAUGUUCUAGGUAUUUGUAACAUUAUUAAUAAACAAAGUGUUCAAAAUCAUAUUAAACAAUUUUGUUUGGUGUA